AAUCAUUUUUAAUAAAGUUUUCCACAAGGUACCUAUAUCUUCUGCCUAUAUAUAUAGUUGUUUGCAACCAUUGGCUAACAUGCCGAAAAGUAGUACCAAGAUGGCUUCAGUUGUGUAUCUCCUCUUUGGCUUCCAUCUCAUUGUUAUCAUGUCAAGUUCCUUACCCGCAACUAGUGAAGUGUUUGCAAAACAGUAUCCAUCCACAGAACCCGUGGAAGAAAAACUCACCCAACUCCACUUCUAUUUCCAUAACAACAUAACGGGGGAACACCCAACUGCUAUGAAAACUGUUUUGCCUCCUAAGGGGUCCAUUCAUGGUUUUGGGGCUACUUACAUGAUGGAUGACCCUCUAACUGAAGGACCAAGUCCAACUUCAAAGCUUGUGGGAAGAUCUCAGGGAAUAUACGCUUUGGCUUCACAACAUGAGCCUGGGUUGCUCAUGGUGACAAAUUUUCUCUUCACUUUGGGCAUUUACAAUGGCAGCACCCUCAGCAUUCUUGGCAGAAACCCUACAUUUAUAAAAGUUAGAGAAAUGCCAAUUGUUGGGGGUACUGGGAUCUUCAAAUAUGCAAGGGGUUCUGCUGUGCUUACGACAUAUGUGUAUGACAUCACCGGUGGUGUUGCAAUUGUUGAAUACAACGUGACUGUCAUGCAUGUUUGAGAAAUAGGUUGAAGCUUUAUGUAGGUUUAUUUUCGGUGUUUUUAAGGUCCUUAAGAGGAUAUCCCUCUUGAAAAGUGAGUAGGUUUUAAAUUUAAGCAGCAGCAGUCGUCGUGCAUGUUGUAUUAAGUAGAGGCUAGAAGGCAGGGAGACGUACACAAAACUCUCACUGUGGGAAAAUAUUUUAUAUCCGUUGGGUUAAACAAAAAAAAUAAAAAUGGAUCAAUUAAUUUAGUCCCCUAAAA